GAAUUACAACUGCAUACGAAAGUUCUUACAUUCCUUCUUCUUUUUUUUGUUGUUUCUUUUUCUUUUCUUUUUUUUCUUUUCUUUUCUUUUUAGUUAAUUUUUAACAACUGAAUCAACCAUGUUGGAAAAUCUGGAAUUUUGUAUGAAAAUAAAGGAGGAUUUGCAAAACAUUGCAAAGGCCAAAGAAAUGGCCAUACGGGAGAUGAACGGACUUCCUCCUGUUCCUCCCCCGUGGCAAGAGGAGCUCCGUUCGUACAUCGUGGACGGCUUUCACGACUUCUGCUGCAGUGCCUUCUGCCCUUGCUGCAAACGCAAAAAACCCAAACCGAAGAAGGGCAUAACACUAACGUUCUGCGAAAAACUGAAAACCGAAGGGACGUACGAAAACGAAGUUCUGAAGAAUUUCAUUGGAUUCGGCGGAGGACUCGUCGUCUCGAUCCUCCUGUACUACCUGUGCGUGCUGCAGCUCAAGCUGGACGUCGUCGUCGGCGCUGUGAUCGGGGCUAUCGUCGGCUUCAUCUCGUGCAUCGGGCUGGCGUUCUUCGAGAGGUUUCGGUGCAUGACCUUGCUCAUCAUACCUAACUUCUUCUCCAGCAAAGGCCGCAUGUUUCUCAUGAUGUACGCCACCGUGCUGCUCAUCAACUACCCCGUCCUCAACUUCAACCACAACGUCAUCGUGCUGACGGACAGCGCCACGUGCGCCCAGAGUUUGGUGAUGAACGAGACUCGAGAAUUGGCCGAACUGGCCAGGGCGCCGGUCGCUGGGAUGAUUAAAGACAUCAAGAAAAUGCUACAGGCUAUUCGGCAGUUUGCGGAGAAAAUAAAAGCUGCAUUCAGAGCCCUGUGCGACGCCCUCAACGAAAUCAAGGCCGCCAUAGUGAGGUCUUUCGGCUGGAUCCAGAGCAUCGCCGAGGAGUGCAACAAAAUCAUGGGCGUUCCGUACGUACGGUGCACGAAGGCGUUCGACGACGCCGUAUCGCGGUGCUUCGACCACCUGCCCCCGGUCGUGGAGUCGAUCUGCCACGUCGUGACGUUCGUGAAGCAGGUGUGCCAGGUGGCCCGCGCCGGACAGAUCUUUUGUGUGAUCGGUUCGCUCAUCCACUCGUUCCUCACGGGACUGUUCGACUUCGACUUCGGCAACAUCUUCUUCGAGUGGCGCGACAUGUUCUACUUCAACGUGACGCUCGAGUACCACUACAACUUCACGACGCACCAGUCGAAGACGUUCGGGCAGGUGCGCGACGACAUCGUGGGCGAGGUGAAGGCCAAGCUGGACAAGAUGAACCGGUUCCUGGCGUUCACCGACAACAUCAUGAUGUACAUGGUCCUCAUGGUGGUCGUGCGGUCCGUGCUGUACCGCACGCGCUACCUCUCCAAGGACAACUUCGACAACCGCUACAUCACCAGCAACAUGGUGAAGAUCAACGACGCCAGGGACGCCUUCGCCAAGGAAAAGGCGUUGCCGCUGAAGCGGGCGGAGAAGCGCCUGUACGUGUCGUCGUUCUCGUUGUGGCUGACGCGACAGGAGGCGAAGAAAAUGUUCAAAGGCAUCGUCAUGCUCGUGUUCAGCGUCGUGCACGGCACGUUCUUCAUGAUGUGCGACUACGGGCUCUACUGGCUGCUCCACCUCAUUCAGGUUCACAUGGAGAUCAAGACCCACAGCGACCUGCCGCCGCACUUCGCGCUGCACGUGCAAGGCGAGGGCGCUCUGGCCGACAUGUACAGGACUCUUAUCGCCGUGCUCGACCCCACCGGCAGUUCGGGGAUCGAGGUCGACACGACGAAAUGUCUGCCCAACCCAAGCGUUCCCGACACAGAGGUCUACAAGACGAUAUACUCCCUCUACCUGACCUGCUUCAUUCUCACCAUUUUCGAAGCGUACGGGCUACGCCUGCGUCACAUGAUUUGCGCGUGCUACUAUCCCGAUCGCGAGAGAAAGCGUGCAAUCUGGCUCUACAACCACAUUCUAGUUAUGAGAGGCAGCUUCCUCAAGUUUGCCAGGCGCCAGCUGAGGUAUCAGAACUGUACGAACAAAGCCGUGACGAGGCUGAGCAUCCGCAGUCGAAUCAUCGCCCAGUGCCCCUUGUUCGGCAAGUUACUUAAGCUUCUCGGCCUCCACAACAAGAAAGUGUGCCUGCUGUGUGCCAGAGAAGGAGUGACGUCCGACUAUGAUAAUUUCGAGCACUGCUCGACGCCUUCUUGCGACGCGGUCUACUGCGUGGACUGUUUUCAGGACCUAAAGAACCUGUGCACCGUGUGCCUGAACCCCGUGGACUACGGCGACAUGUCUGACGUUAGCGAGGAGAUCGACUCGAGCGAGGACGAGGAGGCCCUGGCGCGGAGACUCAAACACGUAGAGGAGAGAAAGGAACGAAUACGAAAGAUGAGAGAGAAGCGGCGACCCAGCGCAGUGAUGGCCGCCUUCCAGAGAAUACUGCACGACGAAGAGGGCGUCGGAGAAAGAACAGAAGAAAAGAGCGAUCGUUCAGGGGAAACUACUCCCGACAGCGAGCAAGAGGACCUGGUCGCCGACGACGUUUCGGUGGACACUGAAAGCAGUGAUGGAAGCUACCGCGAGGAGUACGACAUGUCGUACCAGUUUAAGGUGAGUGACGUCAGCGACAUGUCGGAGGAAGAGGCUGGUCCAGUAGAGGAAGAAGAAGAAGAGGAUGAGAAGCCGAGGACGAAGAUCGAUCGCGUAGACAUGCACUACUUCGACUACAUUGACAGUCUGGAAGAAGAGGAGGAUGUCAAGGUCGCGGCGCCGCCCAAGGCCAGGUCCACGAUAAAGUGGACGCCUGGACAACCUCUGGACCCCAGCGUGCUGGAGAAGUUGCCACCGGACAUGUUGGAGGCGUUGGGACCGGAAGUACGUCAGAUGUUAGUUGCGAGCACAAACCAACCCCAACCCCAACCUCAACCCCCGUGAAUGUCUGGGGAUUUGUUAAACCAGUUAAAACAUACUAUACAGAGGUUAUCAUCAUGUGGCAAGAACAUUCAAGCGUACAAACCUGACGCCAGUAAACAUAUGUGUGCAUGUAUGUUCAGGUGAAGGUAUAUGUGUACAUGUGUGUGAGUAAGUGAGUGCACGCGGGAAAAUACGCGUGGGACAAAUUGAUAAACAUUUUUUAAAGUUAAUAAAUAAUGUCUGAAACUAGUUUAAAAGCUAGUUUCCUCAAA